AUGGAAGCGUGGCGCUGUGUGAGGAGGGGCUACGGCCGCUGUGUGGUGGGGCGAGGCCGAUUUCCCAUGUUACUCCAUCACCCGAAGGCUCUGGGCAGAGACUGGAGGACACCGUGGGAGAAUCCGCAGAGGUGUUGCUGGAACAGACAUAUUUCUAGUUGCAUGAGGUGGCCUGGACAUUAUUCUCGUGCUCCUUACCCAUACUUCAGUAGUAGACAUUUCUCACUGAAUUGGAGACCAGCUUGUUUGUUUGAGUCUAGAACUCAGUUUCAGUACUUGAACUGGAGACCUGAUCAUCUGAGCCAGACAUCUUUGAUUCAUCUCUCUAGUUACAGCAUGAACUCUGAGGGAGAUGAGGAACCUUCAUCAAAACGAAGAAAGCACCAAGGCAUGAUAGAGCGGCAUUGGGAAUACAUAUGUAGUCCUAAUAAAGAAAAUACGAAGAUCCUAGGAGACAAAAAUGCCGACCCCAAAUGUGAAGAUAAUGAGAAGAAGUUUGACUUUUCAGUGCUGUCCUAUAAUAUACUCUCACAAGACUUACUGGAGGACAAUUCACACCUUUAUCGACACUGCCAGAAGCCAUUGUUACACUGGAGUUUUAGGUUUCCCAAUAUUCUGAGAGAGAUUAAGCACUUUGAUGCAGAUGUACUUUGUUUGCAGGAAGUUCAAGAAGAUCAUUAUGGAUCAGAGAUCAGGCCAAGUUUGGAAUCACUGGGUUAUCACUGUGAAUACAAGAUACGGACAGGAAGGAAACCUGAUGGCUGUGCCAUUUGCUUUAAACGGUCUAAAUUUUCACUCAUAUCAGUGAGUCCAGUGGAAUUCUACCGCCCUGACAUUCCUCUGUUGGACAGAGACAAUGUUGGACUGGUGUUGCUUUUGCAGCCCAAAAUUUCAUGUGCUGUCUGUCCUGCAAUCUGUAUAGCUAACACACAUCUAUUGUAUAAUCCAAGGCGAGGUGAUAUCAAGCUGACCCAGUUGGCAAUGCUACUGGCAGAGAUUUCCAGUGUUGCCCAUCAGAAAGAUGGAAGCUUCUGCCCAAUAGUUAUGUGUGGUGACUUUAAUUCUGUUCCUGGUUCUCCACUCUACAGUUUUAUAAAAGAAGGAAGAUUGAAUUAUGAAGGACUUACCAUAGGAAAGGUAUCUGGCCAGGAACAAUCUUCACGGGGACAAAGAAUUUUAUCUAUUCCAAUUUGGCCCCCAAACCUAGGUAUCUCACAGAACUGUGUGUAUGAGGUACAGAAAGUACCAAAAGUGGAAAAGACAGAUGAUAAUCUGACACAAACAGAGGUCAUAGUGACAACUGAAAAAUUAUCUUCAAAUUUACAGCACCAUUUCAGCUUGUCGUCGGUUUAUUCACAUUACUUUCCUGACACAGGAAUUCCAGAAGUGACCACUUGUCAUUCCCGAAGUGCCAUAACUGUGGAUUAUAUUUUCUACUCUGCAGAAAAGGAGGAUGUUGCUGGGGAGCCAGGAGCGGAAGUUGCUUUGAUUGGUGGCUUGAAACUUCUAGCUAGACUGUCACUUCUUACAGAACAAGACUUAUGGACUGUUAAUGGACUUCCAAACGAACAUAACUCUUCAGAUCAUCUGCCUUUGUUGGCUAAGUUCAGACUUGAGCUCUGA